AACUGACACAGGGCCAGAGGGCUUCGUUUCUGAAAAGCUCACUGUAGUCCUCUCUGUGUUUCCCUCGAGCCCGGUCAGGAUGAGGGCGGCUCUAUUGCUUGUGUAUCUCCUUCCUGUGCUGACAGUGAUAGCACAGUCAGCACCAGGGAGCGAUGACCCUGUGGUCUCUCUAAAAAAUGGCAGAAUCAGAGGGCAAUACGUGAUGGUGAAAGGCUCAGGGAGGAGGGUGGCGCAAUACCUGGGACUCCCCUUUUCCCGGCCACCUAUUGGACCCCUCCGCUUUUCUGCUCCCCAGGAUACAGAACCCUGGGAGGGGGAGAAAGAUUGCACUUGCCAGCCUCCCAUGUGCAUCCAAGACCGAGAAACGGUUGUUAGCGUUUCUAGGACCAUGUCAAUGCAAUACACCCCACCAGAGGUUUCAGAGGACUGUCUGUAUCUGAACAUUCACACUCCAGCUGAGGCAACAAAAGGGGACAAAUUGCCGGUAAUGGUGUGGAUCCAUGGAGGAGGGCUGUCAAUGGGUGCAGCUUCUCAGUAUGAAGGCGCUUCAUUGGCUGCAUAUGAAAACAUAGUGGUGGUUAUUAUUCAGUAUCGCCUCGGCAUCCUAGGAUUCUUCAGCACUGGAGACGAGCACGCACAGGGCAACUGGGGGUUCAUGGAUCAGCUAGCAGCACUGAGAUGGGUGCAGGAAAACAUUGAGGCCUUUGGCGGUGAUCCACAAACUGUCACAGUGGCUGGAGAAUCCGCAGGAGGAAUCAGUGCAUCAAUAUUGACUCUCUCUCCAGAAGCAAGAGGACUGUUUCAGAGGGCAAUUUUUCAAAGUGGAGUGGCAACACUUGGCACUUACACUACAAAACUUCCCUUGGGUCAUGCCCAGAUUGUUGCCAACCUUAGUGGAUGCAACUUCAGCAGCACAGAGGAACUGGUUGUGUGUAUGAGGGGGAAAAGUGAAGAGGAGCUGGUUGAUGCAACUAAAAAGAUGAGAAUCUUCCUGGGAGCCGUGGUGGACGGAGUGUUUCUCACUGACACAGCGGCAGAGCUGCUCAAGAGAAGUGAAGUGUUGAGGGUUCCAGUGAUGAUGGGAAUAACCAACCAUGAGUUUGGAUGGAUCCUGCCUCAGAGCUUCGCCCCACCUGGCUGGGAGAACGGCAUGAACAGAGAGUCUGUGCUGACAGUGAUGAACAUGUUCAACCCUACAGGGGCUUCCGCUGCUAACAAUCUCAUCGCUGACGAGUACAUGAAAGAUGCCCAAACACCAGAAGACAUCAGAGAUGUCUUCACAGAGAUGGUGGGAGACCUGCUGAUGACGCUGCCUGUUCUCAUGGUGGCUGGAUACCACUUAGAUGCAGGCGUUCCGGUUUACAUGUAUGAGUUUGUGUACAGUGCUGACAUUCACAAAAACAACAGACCCAGCUUUGUGAAGGCAGAUCAUGCAGAUGAUGUCGGCUUUGUGUUUGGUGCAUGUUUCUGGAGUGGACAUAUACAAAUCACAGGCAACAUCACCACGGAGGAUGAGAGACUCUGCAGGACCACGAUGUCAUACUGGGGCAGUUUCAUACGGACUGGCUCUCCCAACGGCCCUGGACUCAAUGUCUGGCCCCCGUAUGACAGAAAGAAGCAGGAGUACUUGGAGCUCGGCAAGACGCAGACAGUGAGACAGAAACUGAGGGAGGACCGGGUCCAUUUUGCUACUGUCAUCCUGCCUCAGAAGCUGGAACAGUUAGCAGCAGCAGCAGCAGCAGCAGUAGCAGCAGCCAAAGCUGGCGACUGAUCUCUAAGCGCCAUGUUUUAUGCCUCUUCACUGAAGUCUGAAUGUCAAUCUCGGCGCACACCCAUGUUUAGAAAUGAUUUACUGGUUUUCUUUAGCAAGUCUUUUAAUUCCUUCCAAGUGUCUCUUUUGACAUUUUGUAAUAUAGCUGUCAUUAAAGAACCCUUUCAUUGCAAAGAUAGAAA